AGAGUUUGGACAUGUCACAUGGGGAAAAAGGAAAAAGAAGCAAAGAUUCAUUUAUAUGUUACAGUUAGGACAGCUAGCGCAGAAACAGCAGCAGCAUACAAUCACUCACAAGAUAAGGAAGGGCUUCUUCUUCUCUUCUCCUCUCAUCCUACCGCCAUACCCCCCCUUUCAUAUAAACACCCCCCAACUUCCGUUCACUUCCGGAUAAUGCUAAUAUGAAGAACAAUUGGUUUUUUGACAGCAAUUGUAAUGGUGUGUCGGAUGAGAUUCUUGAAGAUGUUGUUGAUUUUUUUGAUUUCCCAGAUGAAGAUGUGGAAACUGAUGAUGGGGAACAUGAUUGGAAUGAUAAAUUCAAACACCUUGAAGAGCCAUCUCUUGGGAUUUUUUCGGUAUCAUCAACUGAGCUGCAUGGCAAAACAAAACCUGUGAACAAUUUUGCUGCUGCUGAACUUUCUCAUAUUGACAGAAGAAAUAUUGUUAAUCCAAGCUUAAAAGGUCAACAAGCACUACUAAGAAAGGCCGCUAGACCAGCAUAUACCAAAACUCUUCCUAUCCAAAUGGUCUCUUUCAAUGGAACAAAUUUGCGAAAAUGCCAAACCUACAGCCCAGUUUCAGUUUUUGAAAGCAGUAGUUACUCCUCAGUUGAGAACUUCAACUUUGAGUUACCAGUGAUCCCGGCAAAGCGUCCUCGCAGUAAACGCCAGCGUCUCUCAAGCUUUGACAAGCUCUUCACAAUUCCAUUUAUCUCUACUCCACCUGCUUUUCAAAAAUAUCAAUUGGCGAAACAGUGUGCUGGCAAAUCAUCAAGCAAAGUACAAAGAAAGCUGGGCAAAAAGGAUAUCUCCUCACUCUCUGACGGUAUUGAGAUGAAGAGAUCCGCAUUACAAGAUUCAGCUACCCCCACAAAAUGUAUGCAUUGCGAGGUAACUGAGACACCACAAUGGAGAGAGGGGCCUAAGGGUCCAAGGACCCUAUGCAACGCUUGUGGAGUUCGAUACAGGUCUGGUCGCCUCUUUCCAGAAUACCGGCCUGCAGCUAGCCCAACUUUUGAAGCAUCAUUGCACUCAAAUUCUCACAAGAAGGUCUUAGAAAUCAGGAACAAGGAUAAUGCUAAUAUGAAGAGCAAUUGGUUUUUUGACAACAAUUUUAACGGUGUGUCGGAUGAGAUUCUUGAAGAUGUUGUUGAGUUUUUUGAUUUCCCACAUGAAGAUGUGGAAACUGAUGCCGUGGAACAUGAUUUGAAUGAUCAAUUCAAACACCUUGAAGAGCCAUCUCUUGGGAUUUUUUCGGUACCAUCAUCUGAGCUGUAUGGCGAAACUCAAAAUGAGAAACCAAAUUCUAUCAACAAUUUUGCUGCUGCUGAACUUUCUCAUAUUGACAGAAAAAAUAAUGUUAAUGCAAGCUUAAAAGAUCAACAAGCACUGGCCGCUACCAAAACUAUGGUUAUCCAAAUGGUCUCUUUCAAUGGAACAAAUUUGCGAAAAUGCCAAACCUAUAGCCCAGUUUCAGUUUUUGAAAGCAGUAGUUACUCCUCAGUUGAGAACUUCAACUUUGAGUUACCAGUGAUCCCGGCAAAGCGUCCUCGCAAUAAACUCCAGCAUCUCUCAAGUGCUUUUCAAAAACAUCAAUUGGCGAAACAGUGUGCUGGCAAAUCAUCAAGCAAAGUCCAGAGAAAGCCGAGCAAAAAGGAUAUCUCCUCACUCUCUAACGGUAUUGAGAUGAAGAGAUCCGCAUUACAAGAUUCAGCUACCCCCACAAAAUGUAUGCAUUGUGAGGUAACUGAGACACCACAAUGGAGAGAGGGGCCUAAGGGUUCAAGGACCCUAUGCAACGCUUGUGGAGUUCGAUACAGGUCUGGUCGCCUCUUUCCAGAAUACCGGCCUGCAGCUAGCCCAACUUUUGAAGCAUCAUUGCACUCAAAUUCUCACAAGAAGGUCUUAGAAAUCAGGAACAAGGUUAGCUAGGAGACUGUUAAAAGGUUCUUCCAUGUUGUAUUUAUCAUCAAACCUUUCCGAAUAUUCUCUAGGAUAAUAUUAUGUUAGUGAUACUAUUGAGAAAGAACAAAUGUUAGUCCUAGGCAGGAUUUUAUUUGUUUAUUGUUAAAUAUUAUUUUUGGGAUAAUCUUACUUUUGUUAGCAUUAUUUGUUUUAUGCAAAUUGAUUGGAGUAAAAGUUAUUCAUGAGACAUUAUGCUGAAUAUUAUGAGAUGAAGAAAGUGAAGUUGAACUUGAAGCAAAGAGGCGAAAGAGUUCUUGCAAUUGCUUGGUGGAUGUGUCACAAGUUCAAGGACAUGAAGGAAUAAAAUGUCGAAGGACAAUGAUAUCCCUCGCGUGGAAUAUGAAUGAGGAGAAGACACAUCCUAUAGUGAAAGAACAUGCACAAUUGUCUCAGAAGAUGUAGCUCAAUAGUAUGGGUUAGGAUUUGGGACACUAAAGAUGUAUUAUGAAUGUGGUUUAGAUUUCUCUGUUAGUAGCAAAUUCUUCUUUCUCCUAACAAAUGAAUCACUAAGAUUUACAUAGUAAGCCUGAAUGGUUGUGGAAACCUCGAAGCAUAGUAGUAACAGUCCCAUAUUGUUAUCUUUGUGGACAUUUCAGGCUUACCAUUUCCAUGACUUGGAUAAACAUGAUUUCAUAGUAAAUUCAAGCUGAAUUCAUCCAAAGAGCAAACACUACAAAAAAAAAGUGCAUGCUAAUAUUUGCUAUUGAUCACAA